UACAAGAGAUUGCUAGCUUCUUCGGCAUUGACGAAAUUGGACGACAGUAAGAACAACUCAUCUUCUUCUGUUGUAGCACCUCAAGCACCACUCGGCGGGAAAAGCUUGUCAUCCACAGAUCCUGCAGAGGACCAAGCGAUACUAGCUAGUACUAGACCUCAUAGAAAUAAUUAUACACGGGACGAGGAUUUUCUCUUCGAUUAUUGGUUAUGCGAACUCGCUCGAGACUUCUGCGAUAUCUACAC